UGCAAUGUUGAAGUGGGUAGCCCCUGAUGGACAUUCAAGGUUGAAGGCGUAUAAUCUACUUUGCACCUCUAAGGAUAAUAAAUCUCAGAAGGAGUUGGCAGUUAAGCAUAAAUCUGGUACUCCGGUCAACUCCUUCCUGUUUGAGAACCUACCCUCGGCUACUGAAUUUAAUGUAACGAUAACAACAGUUUGUGUUUAUGAGAAGCUGAAGACAAUUUCUGAAGAGGAGAAAAUUUCGUUUAUCACAAUUCCCCUGCCUCCUAGGAACCUAGAGCUAGAGAGCAGGUUCUGUAACAGUUUCCAAGUAAAAUGGGAGGCACCAGUAGCUACUGCGCCCAAUCAUAAGUUUAAACUGACAAUACAGGCUCCGUCUAUAGGAUACAGUAACUCCUACGAGGUUGGUGGGGACAAGAGAACAUUUAACUUCUCCAAACUCCCAGAAAUAGUUGGAACAGGUGAAACGUACAAUGUUUGUGUAACGUACUGCGUCCAACCAACAGGAUCUGACCACGAGGUUGUAUCUGAAGGUUUGACCGAAAGCUUUGUUACGAAACCUCUCCCUCCGUCCAACCUGAAACUAGGUCCAGGCUGGAACCAGAUCACGUGGACUAAAUCUCCUACUCCUCAUAUCAGUGUAUAUAAACUGAGAUUUAAGAGUGCGGAGGAAGGUUCAAAAUCAGAGGAAAUUCUUAUUCCACCGGAGGAAGGAGUUGAACCCUGCUCCUGUCUUCUAGAGGGUUUGGUGUUUGGUGUACAGUACAAGGUGAAUAUCUACGCCGUGGUGGAUAUUAAAGAUUCUCCCGAAGGAGUUGAAAGCAAGGAAUUACAUGAAAAAAUAGUUCAG